UAUAAAUGUCUCACCGGAAGUGACGGUUAAAGCUAGCUUUGAUGUUUGGAUACGUAUCGGUCAGCCAGUUGUAUUUUCAGUUUUAAUGAAGAAAACAGAUUUACAUUAAUCUUAGUUGUCGGUAUGGCUAAAGAGGAAGAGACACAUUGGUCGGAUGUUCUGAAAAGGAGGCUGGCCGGAAAAAAGAAGGACGAGAGGACCGAAGAGGAAAAGAAAGCAGAAGAAACAGAACUUUUCACCAAAUACUACACAGAAUGGAGAGGCGGAGUGGAGACAGAUGAGUCCUACAAGACCAUUCCACGGUUCUACUACAAGCUUCCAGCAGAAGACGAAGUUCUUCUGCAAAAACUGAGAGAAGAAUCCAGAGCUGUGUUCCUGCAGAGGAAAAGCAGAGAGCUGCUCGACAAUGAGGAACUACAGAAUCUGUGGUUUCUGCUUGACAAGCAUCAGGUCCCGCCAGUAAUUGCAGAAGAGGCGAUGAUCAACUAUGAAGCCUUCCUUCAGGUCGCGGAAAAGGCGGGGCCAAAAUGCAGGAAUUUUUUCACCGCAAGAGUUUACGCCAAACUGCUCCACAGUGACCCGUACGGCCGCAUAUCCAUCAUGCAGUUCUUUAACUACGUCAUGAGGAAAGUGUGGCUGCAUCAAACCCGAAUAGGUCUGAGUCUGUAUGACGUGGCAGGACAAGGCUACCUCAGGGAGUCUGAUCUGGAGAACUACAUCCUGGAGCUGAUCCCCACUCUGCCCCAGCUGGAUGGACUGGAGAAGUCCUUCUACUCUUUCUACGUCUGUACGGCGGUCCGCAAGUUUUUUUUCUUCCUCGACCCGCUUCGCACCGGCAAGAUUAAAAUCCAGGAUAUCUUGGCCUGCAGUUUCCUGGAUGACUUGUUAGAGUUGAGAGAUGAGGAGUUGUCUAAGGAAAGCCAGGAGUCCAACUGGUUCUCAGCCCCGUCGGCUCUCAGAGUCUACGGUCAGUAUCUGAACCUGGACAAAGAUCACAACGGCAUGUUGAGCAAAGAAGAGUUGUCCCGCUACGGCACAGCCACGCUCACGUCGGUCUUCCUGGACAGAGUGUUUCAGGAGUGUCUCACCUACGAUGGAGAAAUGGACUAUAAGACAUAUCUGGACUUUGUCCUGGCCCUGGAAAACCGGAAGGAGCCUGCAGCAUUACAGUAUAUUUUUAAACUCCUGGACAUGGAGAAUCUGGGAUACCUGAAUGUCUUCUCUCUGAACUACUUUUUUAGGGCCAUUCAAGAGCAGAUGAAGCUGCACAGCCAGGAGCCCGUUUGUUUCCAGGAUGUGAAGGACGAAAUCUUUGACAUGGUGAAGCCGAAGGACCCCUACAAGAUCACGCUGCAGGAUUUGGUGAACAGCUGCCAGGGAGACACCGUGGUCAGCAUCCUGAUCGACCUAAACGGAUUCUGGACCUACGAGAACAGAGAGGUGCUGGUCGCCAAUGACAACGACAGCAGCAAUACCCUUGACCUUGACGACACUUGAAGAGGAUGCCGAUAUACACCAGCAAGACUGUGUCUCCUUUGUGGGUGACGAGUGAUUAAAAAAAAAAAUAAUAAUGGGAAUAAAAAAAUGGCCGUGGACUUUGUAAAAAUAAUUGUGUAAGGAAACCAUUUGCAUAAAGUUAAGUUAAUCACACUCGUACACAGUUCAGCCAUGUUCAGCAUUCUUAUCCACUACUUAAUUCAUCUCUGCGCAGAAACAAUACCCGUGAAUUUGCUUAUUUAUGAUUUUCUUUAUUAUUAUUUUUAGCUCAACAGUAAACUACUGAAUAUACUGGUCAAGUCAGACCUUCUAUCCACUCAUAUGCAUUACUGUAAUUUAUUUUGGGCUUUUAACAAUGCACUCUCAUUGGCCACUUAAUUAGGUCCUCAUGCUAGUACUGGGUCUGACCCCUUUUGCCUUUUAUUCCUCAUGGCAUAUAGGAAUCAGAAACAUUCCCAUAAGAUUUUGGUUUAUACUGUCAUAAAGGCAUCUCUCAGGUGCUGCUGAGCUGUAUAUGAUGUAAAUCUGCUGUACACCACAUCCCAAAGUUGCUCUGUUUGAGAACCGGUGACCUUGAAGGUUAGUGAAGUACAAGAAACUGAUUGUCAAGUUCAAGCAACCAGUUUGAGCAAAGCAAUGUUUUUUUUUUUUUUUUUUUGGCUAAAAAUGUUUGGGAACCACUGGACUAUUCGAUACUGAGGAUGGACCUAUGCUUUACACGUCCCUUACUGUUAAUUCUGACUGUACUGUUGCUGAAAUCCAGACUUAUUGGCUAAGGCGCCAUUUUUCUUUUUUUUUUAAACCUAAGAGAUGAUUGUUUGUGAAAAUCUUGGAUCCGUAUUUUCUAAAA